UGGCAGCAAAUAGGAUCAAUACCAAGCAUCGAGAAGAAAUCCUUGCUGCGACCUUGUGCUGUCAGUUACAUGGGAUUACAAAUGUGGCUAUUAUCUGUUGUGCUGUCACUGGCAUGCCCGCUAGGUCAUGGCGGAAUGGUGCAAGGGUCCGUUACCUCUGAACCACCGUCCACAAGUGCGAAGCCGACGAACGCUUGCGUUGACAGCAUACGCAUGGAGGUGGAGGCGUGCAUUAACCCACUGAAAACCGACCUGGCGUCGAAAAUACCGACUGAUGUUAACAACUUCCUUUGCGGACCCAAUCAGAGGCAGCGUCUCGAUUGCGUCAUCCAGCACUUCCGGCAAUGCCCGGACCUCAUAGCGCAGGACUUCAUCAAGACGCUGCGACACGUGGGCGCAAAGUUCUAUGCCGAGGACUUGUUCCAUAUCAAGAACGCGGAAGAGUUCUGCAUGUGUGUGCCGACUCAUGGCUGUUUGUCCGAAAUCGAUUUUGAUCAGAUGGCAACGAAACUAGAGCUUAAACACGAGCAUCCCUGGAAGAGCAUAGCAAACCCCGCCUAUAUAUGUGGGCUUGGUCUCAAGAACAUCGAAUGUGUGGGUCACUCGCCCGUGUGUACCCAGUAUCUACAGCACAAGCACAAUGACACCGCGGUCAAGGUCGCAGAGUACGCCCACAAGUUCGCUAAGCGGCAGUGCAAAACGUAUCCGAAAGAUAAUCACAAAUGCACGGAAAAGAGGGUAAGCUGGCGAUCCCUGGCACAUUGCUAUGACCUCGUCGAGAAUAUUGUGGACGAGGAGGAACGCAAAUGCGGCAUGCGGCGGUGCGUCGAGAUUGACAUGAGCACGUGCCCACCGGGUGACAUGGAGUACUUUAUCGACGCCAUUAACGUGUUGUCCGAGAAUGAAAUAAGUGACAAGGCCUGUUCCUCAGCAAACGCAGCCAUGGCUACGAUUUUUACCAUCUGCGGUUCGAUGCUAAUGGCGAUGUUAGUUUGAAAUAAUCUGCGCGUAGCGUGCGAUAUAAUAAUUUUUACAUAUAAAACAAUGUUGCAUGAAUUGGAAGAAGUUAUAAAACAAUAUAUAAUAACAUUAUUUCAGCGUUAUAUCAUGGCAGAUUAAAUUGAGCGUUUGCGUUUAGUGUGUAAUUGUUGUAUAUAUCGUUGUUUGUGUUUUGGUUGCUGUGUAACAUACUAUCUAAGUAUACUUUUUUGUCAAUAUUUAAUGUUUUCUGCGAACAAAUAAUGUUUGUUGUCGUAAAAGUCUGCGCCCAUUUCAUGAAGGUAGCUAAAUAUGUAACGUUUUAUUUUAAACCCAUUUAUGCCUAGUGGACUCUCCCAUCCUUCUAAAUUGGAUCAAUUUAUUUUCAAAAUUAUGGAUGUCUAGUAUAUUUAUUUCUAUAUUUAGAAUAUUUCUUACAUAAAUUACUUUGAGCAAACAGCGCAGACCCUGAUGAGACGCCGCAUCAUGCGGCGUCUCAUCUGGGUCUACGCUGUUUGCUAAGGACUUUUUUUCUAGACGCUAGGCAUAAAUGGGUUAAUGUUUUCGAGAUACCGUGGCAUUGUACUUGUCAUAUUACAAAGUAUACGUCAAUAGAUUUAUUAAUAACACUAAAAGGAAUCAAUGUUUUGUACUACAAAGAAAACUAUUGAAUAUCAUUUUAAAAUACAUUGUACUGAGGAAAUAUUCUAUAAUGUAUAGGCUAGAGCUAUAUGUGAGAUAUGCUUGUGAUUUCUUGUAUAAUUUAAAAAUCGUUUUUUUCUUUUAAAUUUAAAUAUAAUAUAAUCUUGUCAAAAAACGCUUAGGAGCACCACUUUAUUUGUAUGUGUUUGAUGUUUUAGUUUUAUACUAUUUUAUCUCAAAUGUAAUCAUUAGGUUAGUGUAUCUAUGUUUAGACAAAUAAAAUGCCCCUGUUGGCCAA